AUGAACAAGUAUCUCAGAGGAUUUGUGAGCUUCACACAGGACGACUGGGUGGAUUGGCUACCCCUUGCCGAGUUUGCAACAAACAAUCAAGUAAACGAGACCACUGGCAUCUCCCCGUUCUUCGCAAACUACGGAUUCAACCCACGCCUAGGAAUUGAACCUCCCGGACCCCAGCCCUCAACCCUCUCACCGCUGGCAAAGAAGGAGUUCCUACGCGCAGACGCAAUUGCAGGACGUUUUGACCGUAUUCUCACGCAGCUCAAGGCCCUAGCCCGCAUCUCACAGCAACGGUACGAAGAUAAUGCUAACACAAGGCGCGAUGAGGGCCCCCUGUUUCAAAAAGGCGAUAUGGUAAUAGUAUCCCUUGAAAACAUGAAAACCAACAGGCCAAAGAAGAAGUGGGAUGACAAGUGGGAUGGACCCUACCCAGUUCUUGAAGCCUACCGCGGUGCGGUCGUUGUAGACCUGCCUCAGCAUAUCCGAGUCAAUAAGUCUUUCCACACGUCAAAAGUACGCCUUUGGCACCCUGAGUCGAUACCAGGCCAAGCCCAGAUCAACGCCGAUGAACGACGCAAUGUUGCUGGCCGCGUCGCGGAACGAGACGACGACGGCAACAUUGAGGAAAAAUGGGAAUUCGAGAAGAUCCUAGACGUACACGACGAGGAUCCCGAGCAUGGACUGACCUACCUGAUAAAAUGGAAGCACCACGACGAGCCAACCUGGCAGCCGGAGGAUGACCUGAAGGGAUGCGAGGGAGCCGUAAACGCUUCCACGAACGAAACCCAGAAAAGCCUGGCCCCUGCUUGGGCAACAGACGCCCCGCACGGCCACGCCGAAGUCGCCCCGCACUGCGCCCUAACGAUGCUUGUCUUUUCAACUGGUUUGACGAUUUGGGGACCAAAUCGAUUUUAG